GAGCUGCACGAGCAGCGCGAGCAGCAGGAGCCGCAGGAACAGAAGGAACAGCACGAGCUUCACGAGCUGCAGGAGCCGCAUGAGCGGCGAGAGCAGGAUGUGCAGCAGGAGCAGCAAGAGCAGCACGAGCAGCAGGAGCAAGUGCAUGAGCAGACAGAAGAGCAGGAGCAGCAAGAGCAGCAGGAACAGAAUUACGAACAGGAAGAGGAGCAAGAGGAGAAAGAGAAGCUGGGGCAGGGAGAGAAGCUGGAGCAGCAGCAGGAUGACGCAACUGUGGCAGCCCCACAAGAAUGGCAGCAGCAGCAGCAGUAG